AAAAAAAACUGAAAACUCAAUUUGGUACGUUUUGGCCUCUUUCGCGAUCCGUACCCCCAAGAGAAUUCGCUGCUCAAAGUCUCUUUUUUCCCCUCAGUAAAGUGUAAACACGGCAUGGCGCGCACACAGCUAAACAGACUUUGACUCAUUCGGUCAACCGUGUUGUUUAUCGACGCCAUGACGGAUGACGUUUACUAUGUCGGCGUGGACGUUGGCACGGCCAGUGUGAGGGCGGCGCUGGUCACCAGAUAUGGCGACCUGAAGAUCACAGCUCAGGAGCCCAUCAGCAUCUGGGAGCCUCACACCGACCAUUAUGUACAAUCCUCACACGACAUCUGGGAUAAAUGCUGCCUCGUCGUCAAGGUAGAAGUCACGAGGGGAAUAAACAGGAGCCAAGUGAGAGGAAUCGGCUUUGAUGCCACCUGUUCUCUGGUUGUGUUGGACCGAAGCUUCCAGCCUGUAGCAGUCAAUAAGGACGGUGAGGAUGAGAGAAACGUGGUAAUGUGGAUGGAUCAUCGUGCUGCGGAGCAAGCCGCUCGUAUCACAAGCGCUGGCCACCGUGUCCUAAGGAGAGUGGGAGGGGUCAUGUCACCGGAGAUGCAACCUCCCAAGCUUCUCUGGCUUAAAGAGAAUCUGAGGGAAAGUUGCUGGAACAAAGCCGCUCACUUUUUUGACCUUCCAGACUUUCUGUCAUGGAAGGCAACAGGCUCUUUAAACAGAUCCCUAUGCACGCUGGUAUGUAAAUGGACCUAUUGCCCUCCAGAGGGAUGGGAUGUGAGUUUUUGGACUUCAAUAGGUCUAAAGGAUCUUACUGAAAACAACUUUUCAAAAAUAGGCAGUGAGACGUGUUCUCCAGGGAGCCCACUUGGGGAUGGCCUGACCCAAAAGGCAGCUGCAGAUUUGGGUUUAGAUCCAGGAAUUGCAGUCGGGGCUUCACUCAUCGAUGCUCAUGCUGGAGGCCUGGGUGUCAUAGGAGCAGAUGUAAAAGGCUUCCAGCUGCCGUGCGAAGGCCAGCCAAUUACCUCACGCAUGGCUAUGAUCUGCGGGACGUCAUCUUGUCACAUGGCGAUCAGUGAACAGCCGCUUUUUGUGCCAGGAGUUUGGGGUCCCUGUCUGUCUGCCAUGGUACCACACUUGUGGCUUAACGAGGGAGGACAGAGCGCCACCGGACGUCUGAUUGACCACAUGGUGACGGGCCACGCUGCCUACACGCAGCUCCAAAAAAAGGCACAGCAGAGAUGUCCUGCUGGAGGCGACAGUAUGUACAGCUACCUGAACAGCCACCUUAGUGGAUUGGCUUCUUCUUCAGCUGUUGACCUGCUGGGCUCCAGUCUUCACGUGUGGCCUGACUUUCAUGGGAACAGGUCUCCCCUGGCUGACCCCACCUUGAAAGGCAUGGUUGUUGGACUUUCUCUGUCUCAAAGUCUGGAUGACUUGGCAUUGCUCUACUUGUGCACCAUACAAGCCUUGGCGCUCGGCACACGUCAUAUACUGGAGGCCAUGACAGAAGCAGGACAUGAUAUCAAAACCAUCUUCCUAUGUGGAGGCCUGGGCAAAAACGCCCUGUUUGUGCAGGUUCAUGCCAAUGCUACAGGGUUGCCUCUUGUGUUGCCCGACCAGACGGAGGCGGUGUUGGUGGGAGCAGCCGUCCUGGGAGCAUGUGCAUCUGGGGACUAUGGCACUAUACAGGAUGCAAUGUCCAAAAUGGCUAAGGUGGGAAAGGUCGUCGAGCCUGAUCACAACCUUCAGAGCUUUUACCAAAGAAAGUACAAAGUGUUUCGGCGCCUCGUGGACCACCAGAGAGAAUACCAGACCCUCAUGAACACUUUUGAAUCUGACUGUCCUUCACUGUGACAACAGCGAUAUACCUCAGGUUUUGUACGACCCGCCGUCUGAGUUGUCAUACACAUUAACAAUCUCAUCAAGUGCCUUAAAGAAUCCCUCUUCUACAAUCGCCAUCUUCGCCUUUCAUUGAGGUAAAAGUGAUUUAAAUUGUCAUUUAUAUGUACUUAACACUGUUUUAUGCAUGGAAAACUGUAAUUAUUCUCUAUAAACUAUAUUUUGUGUUAAUAGUUUGCGGUGUUAACUGGAUUUAUAUUACAUCUCUAUAAACUGUAUUUAGUGUGAA